GGGCCGCUUAGAUGUUGGACCUUCCACCAAUCUUUGCAGCCAUGGCGAUGCUACUGGGCUCAUGAGCACCUUCGGAGAGAGUGCGAAGGUCUUCGUCAGGGAGAACACUUCCCAUGAUACAGAGAGUUUUGGUUUCGCCUUGCUGACCAGCCUGGCCAUCAUUACAGGAUGUUCUGCAGCCUUCCAUGUUCUCUACCAACGCUUUCCGCAGUUGUACGAUUUGAGCUCGGAGCUGAAAGAGGCUUCGUUGCGGCCUAUGGUACCGUCCGGCAUUUUUGGAUGGGCCAAAGCAAGUUUCAAUUUGAGGUUGGAUGAUAUGAUGGAUGAAGUGGGCAUGGACCAAACCAUGCUGUUGGAAUUCACCCACUUUGGAAUGAAGGCCAUGUUUGGUAUUGGCGUUCCUGCUAUGUUAAUUCUGGCCCCCCUGCAUUCGACAUCGACGCACGAUGCUGAUCUGCUUUCCUGGAUAAGCUUGAGCAAUGCUGAUGAGGAGUGGAUCAUUUGGGUGCAUGUCUUUUUUGUGUGGUACGUGGUGCUUUUCGUGCUAUAUUUGGUGUGGCACGUGCAGAGGGGCCGAGUUCGUUCACGACGAAGUCACUGGCUUUCGAAGCAGCAAGAGCCUAUGGCCACGAGCCUCCUAGUAGAAGGCAUUCCGGAGAAAGCUCGCACAGAGGAAAGCCUUGCAAAAUUCUUUAACAAGAUCUUUGACAAACAAGUGGUGAAGGCUGCAUCCUUUGUUCGCGACACGUCAAGACUUCUGCCACUUCUUGAGGAGAGAGAUCAAGUGUCCGAAGAAUUGGCCGAGGAGGUUUGUUUGCAUCAGCAAAGCCAACACGGAGUUGGAGGUAGUGAUCCUUUUCAUCUCCAGCAGAUGGAAGAUUUAGAAAAACGCUACAAGCGAAUAGCAGCAGAGGUGGAGGAGGUGGCAGAGCUUAUUUUUUGUUCCCAAAAUUUUGCCUAUGAUGCUGCCUUUGUCACUUUCUGCGAUCGGCGCCAUGCAGAAUUUGCGCGACGCUUGAAAUACAGCGAUGAUCCAACCGUCUACAGAGUCAGCAUGGCACCGGCGCCUUCUGAUGUGAAUUUCAGCAGCUUCAGCAAUACCACGGCAAAUCUGGUGAAAGGAAGGGCUCUGCUCGGGCGUCUCUUUGUUGCAUCUGUGUUCUUCUUCUUCCUGCCAGUUGUGAUUGGCAUUUCUUCAAUGCUGUCGGUAGAUUCGCUGUCCCAAAUGGCACCUGGCUUGAAGGACUGGGCUACUGAGCAUACCUGGCUGAUGGCUGCCUGGGAGGCAUUGUGGGGUACAAGUCUUCUCUCGAUGCUCAUGGACCUUGUCCCAUGGAUCUUGCGGGAGGUCUUCAGACGCUUCUACCGUUUACGCAGCGGGGCAAAAUGCCAGCAUAAGAUUCAGCGAUGGUAUUUCUUUUUCUUGGUGGUGUUUGUGUUGCUGGUUACCGCAGUGGGCACAUCUCUUUUUGAAGCCGCUGCGCGCUUUGCGCAAGCACCUCUUCAGGUUUGGUGGCUGUUGGCAGACCAGCUUCCACAUGCGACGAAUUUCUACUUGCGAUAUGCUGUGCUUCUCUGGGGCACACCGUUUGUUGAUCUGCUCCGAUGUAUGCCUCUCUUCCGCUUCUGGCGUGCCCUAAAUUCGGGCGAGUCUGGCCAUUUCGCCAAGCAACUAGCUGAGCCAGAGGACCAGGCCUUCCAUGGCAUUGGCGCUCGUAGUGCCAGAUGGACCUUGCAUGUGGUCCUGGGGCUGACGUUGUGCAGUCUGCAACCCUUCAUCCCAAUGAUCUUGGGCUUUGGUUUUCUCUUUCGUCGAUUGGUCUUCGGCUUUCUCAUUGUUUUUGCCGAGACCCGGAAACCAGAUUUGGGCGGACAGCUAUGGCGAGUCCAGAUGCAACAUACACAGUUGGGUUUGGUCAUCUACAUCAUGGUCAUGACCCUGAUAUUGCUUGACCGAGAGGAGUCCAUGGUGGCAGCGAUUCUGGCAGGGAGCAGCGGUUUUUUUGUAGCACUGUUUUGGUUUUGGUAUCCAACUUUGUUGGACUUGCACUCAUUGCCCGUGCAGCAGGCGGAGCAGUCUGCCACCAUCGUGGGCCGUUGCGCUGAUCCUGACAGUGCUGAAGACAUUGAUUGCUUCACAGCACCAUACCUGCAACCAGAAUUGGAGCAAUCCCUCCCCGUGGCUUUGCGCAGUCAGUCCCAAAGAUCCCACCAUUGGGCAGAUUUGGAUCGUGCGCUACAAGAAGCCAGUGACCAAGGUCAAAGUGCCCGAGGACAUUUGGAAAUUGCGAGUGAGACUAGACCACCUGAGCCUACACGAAGCCGUCGAAAAUCGACUGGGUCGUUGUUGACUUGCCUUUGCUCAAGUUUUUCAGGCUGGGUGUAGUUGGGACAUUGUUUGCCAAAAGAGCAAACAAAAAUGUAACAAGAAUAAAUAUGACAUUUAUUAUUUUUUUCUGAAAAAA